UUUCUCAGAGUGUCACGUUUUCCGGGCGACAAAUUGUGUUCUUCGGAUCCGAGGCUUUUGAACCGCGAAACUUCGUUUUAACUUUUUCUAGGCUUGUGUGAUCUUCCAGAUAGCAUUGAGACAACAAAAUGUAAGAUAAACCGGAAUAAUGGCAACUUUACCCCAAUGGAAGCGACUACCGUCGCUACACCCCAACAUUUUCGAUCCCAGAUGGGGAUUGGAAUACGACUUUUCCCCAGGAUCCACCUCCAAGUCAAUAACCAAAGCAAACGGCACCAAAUGGCCAACGGUUCAAAGGCAAAUGGUUGUACCGAAACAGAGUAUAGAGGACAAAGUCACAUCGAAUGUCCUGAAGCCAUAUCUUCUGGCUGCCGCAGCAGCCACGGGGCUUUUACUUGCUUUGGUGGUUUUGGUCUAUGUGAUGACCAGAAGAAGAAGAAAGAAGAAAACCGAUGAGGAACAAUCUUCGCAAAGUAUCUUGGUGUUUCCUUCCACUAAUGGAGAUAGUCAGCCCCAGUUCGUCACCAAAGAGAUUCACUUUAGCCUGCCUCCACUACGCAGCAACUCAUUGGGAGAUCUAGAGUGUCAACAGGAUAAUCCUUACGACUCAGAUGUGGAUUCUGAUGCUUUAUUAGUUCCAGGACAGCCUCAUAGUCAUCGAAGUAACUCUUUCAGUAAGUGAGAAGAGACACACAAUUAUGAUAAACAUGAGACAAAAUCGGCAAUAAAAUGGCGCAAACCACGCAAAGCAACACCAAAAAACACGAGAAUUUAUUUGAUCAGUUUGCU